AUGGAAGAGGAAAGCCUGCGGUACUGCUGCAUCGACAAACCCCGCUGCGGCCUCUGUCAGUUUCUGCUCCGGGAUGGCGAGGCCGUCGUGGCACGUCUGUUUGACCUUGGCAACGACGUGCCGGAGACGAUGCUGAUGCUUGGCUUGUCCGACACGCAGUCCUCGACGACGAGCACGCAUCCCCUCCGUUCCCGUUUCGACGAAAUGACACAGUACGACUUCAAUCCGUCGAUGUGUUGGGAGGAGACGAGGCGACGUCGCAUCCGGUCCAAGGUGGCGAGCGAGCUGAGUGCCGCCGGGCUCCUGCGCCGCAUGCCACGGGAGCUCUGCUGCAUGGUUGCCCGAUACCUUGUCCGGGAGUGCGCCGCCGUCGAUUGGGAGCAUCGCACGCGGGACCGGCGCCCGUCGACGUACACGAUCCAACUCGAUCAAGACAUAUACAUGACCCGCACCGCCGUCGAGGGCGUUUCCUACGUCCAAUCUCUGCACAACCGCUCCGCUCCGUCCCGCCGGAGUGGCCGGCUGGUUCACGACUCUCGGGCUGGCCAUGUUGAUUGGAAAAUAUACGUUGCCUACGACCACCUCGGCGUCAGAGACGUCGACGUGUGGAGCGCCAGCGACGAGGACUUGCCGACCUCUCGCAUCCGUCAUGGAGUGUGGUGGACGGAGCUGGCUCCCGAUGCCGCCGGCAGUGCUCGGGGUCUCAAAGUCAGACGACUCGAAAACGAUGCCCACGUCCCGUCGACGACGAAGGGCUCCUUUCCGAGCCCGAGGUGGCCGAUACCAGGGCUGGCCUGCCGCGUGCUCGACUUGGACACUUGUGCCGUCGCCGAGUCGCCACCCGGCAGCCUGCGCAUGAGCUUCUUCGAAUGCAACGCGUCGCUGACAACGGGGUACUCGGUUGCCAUUUCGGGCAAUCACAUACGCACAAUUUGUUCCCAUCAUUCGGGCACGCCUCCACGAUGCUACAGCGAGAUGGACGCCAUUUCAACAAGCUCAUUGUUGUGGAUGCACCUGCCGAUGAGCACGGAUGAGCACCUCGCGGAAAUCUGGGCUCUCAAGCAUCUGGAGUCUGGCUUCGUCGCUCUCAUGCUCUGCACGAGCCGGAAACGAGCGGUGCUGUUCGGAAGCUACAUGCUGCACCCCGAGGUCCCGCUUCAGCUCUGCCGCGUGUACGCAACUGCAAACCGGCCGUCGCGGGUGUACUUUGACGAUUGGGACCCAUUCUGGGAUGCGAAACGGAUCAAGCACUUGGCCUUUGUCGGCGACGGUUUGGAUGCUCGGGGGACCCAGACGGCAGACCGCAUAUCGUCGUGGAAACCGUAUCCACCGUCGCUCAUGGCCGCAUCGCCGCCGCCUUAUACUCAAUACAACGAGCCGUGGUACUACACAAACUGCCGGUUGGAAAAUGCCACGGAAAUCACAUGCUGCGCCGACGAGACUGCCUCGCACAAGCCCAUCAUCGGCAUCUUGGUCCGUUACCGUGACGGAAGUCGGUCCUGCCUUGGGCAGCAUCGGACGGACCGCGAGCAGCACACCUCGACGGUGCACCCUGCGACGCCGCUGCGCAUAGGGUUGGGCAAGACCAAGCGAAAGCUUCCUUUCGUGAAAAAGAUCAGCACGCAGGAUCCGAGCCGUCCCGAGGUCGGCUCCCUGUCAUGGAUCAGCAUACCCUGGCGAGGCAGGCUGGAGUGGUGGUUUUCACAACGCCAAUGCAAAAUAUGUCAUUCCGAAUGA